AUGAUGUACAUUGAGAGCAGGGAGUCGGAGCAAAAUUGGCUGAAGCGCGAAGAGAGCAUGACAAAGUUGCGCAGUUUCGAGAUAGCCAAGAACAAGGCGCUGGAGCAUGAACUCAAUACCAUUGAGAAGAUUAAUGAAGUGCUUAGGGAGAGCCGGGAAGACCUUGAGGGCUUUCGAUCGCUGCGCUGCUUUUAUGCACUUCCCAGCGACACGGGGGAAACGAAGCCUUUCCCCUUCAACGUGGGGAAUGGAGCACUUCCCUUCAACCGGGAGGGGGGCGAGGGGUCAGAAACAACAAACGGCUUCGGCCGAUGCGCACCAAGCCUUGGCUUGAAAGGCUCCGAAGCAGCCCUUCAAGGGCAGAGGGCGGUUCAGCUAGCCGCUGAGGCAUCUCUGCUCCUUCUCCCAAACUUCUAUCGCCAAUCAAACGAACCACCCGAGCCACUCGCCGCGCUAGAGUCUGACCUCUCGCCAAUCUCUCCGGACUCCGGAGACUCUGAAGAUUCAGCGCCGUCCGAACAAGGCGCUCAACCCGCGACCCUGGCGGCUUCUUCCUUUUCCUUAUCCGCGGCGAUUGAGAUCUUCACAGAUCAAGGGCAGAACGAAAAUGUAUUUCCCAGACACCUGAUACUUAUUCCCAUUGACGAUGUGUCAGUCUCCGAGAAUUCGAGCCCUCGAGGACGUCAAAGUCUGUCGGACUUCAAAGUUGUUGAAGAACAAUACCCGAGCAUCCCGAAGCAUUUAUACAACACAGCCAAGUCUCUGCGCAACUUUCUCGACAAAGACCUGACAGCGUGCCUCGUCAAAGGCCACGUCGUGUUCUACCCUCAGUGGUUGAGUAAGCUCAAAACGGUGCAGCCCGUCGCUGCCAUCAAGCCGAACAAUCUUGACUAUGCUGUUGAGAUCAUCGCUGCCGCUGCCACGCUCUCUCAAAGCCAUAUCUGCAAUCCGUUGAACGACGUCUCCUUUCCCGAAACUUUUCAUGCAAUGCUUUGCAGAAAGGGUUCGGCGCUUCCCUGUGAGGGGGCGGGAUAG